AAAUAAGUGACAACAAAAAAGUUUUUUCUUUUUUUUUUCUUGGAGAACUUUUUUUUCUUUCUCUGAGUAUACCUUUAUCUGGGGGAAAAUGGGCUCACGGAGGAGUUCCUCUUUUGGCAAUGGACGAUCCAGCAAUGGGAUUGAGAUCAAUGGGAGUAGCCGGCCUGGUGGCUGCAGCUACCUCUCUAACGUGAGGCCAGAGACCAGGAGCACGCUCUGCAGUGUGAUGGCACAGUUAACAGAAGAAACACAACCCUCCUUCGAAACAACCCUGAAGUCAAAAGCUGUGUCUGAGAAUUGCAAUGUGAAGUUCUCUUGUGUGGUUACAGGAUACCCUUCCCCUCAAAUUAUUUGGUAUAAGGAUGAUAUGCAGCUGGACAGAUACUGUGGACUGCCUAAAUAUGAAAUAUUCCGCAACGGACAAAACCAUUCCCUGCACAUUUACAAUUGCACUAUUGAGGAUGCGGCUAUAUACCAGGCAUCAGCCAGCAACAGUAAAGGUAUUGUGUCUUGCUCUGGGGUUCUGGAAGUUGGUGAAAUGAAUGAGUUCAAGAUCCAUCAGCGCUACUUUGCCAAGCUGAAACAGAAGGCUGAAAACAAACGCAGGGAAGUAGAAGGUAAAGAAAACCAGGAGCCACUACGAACCAUCAGUCCAGACCGCUCACAGAGGAAACGCCGCUCUACAAUGGAGGCCUUUCUGAGCACACCAAGCUCCAUGGAGGAUGGGGGCAAUGAGGAGAGCCAUCAGGCUGUAGCCAUGGAGUCUGAGGCCAGGUUGCAGGACACCACUGUGGAGGAGGUGGAGGAAAAGACAGUCCCCAUCACUAAUGGAGCAGUUUCUGCUCUAACUAAUGGACAGGUCAUCAGUGAAAAUGAUAAUAAGGGUGGGAUAUACAUAUAUGACUCUGCCCAGAAGACUUUCACUAUGCACCAACCCAAAACUCCCUUUGUCAAGAAGAAGAUUAAAAUUUCCAACAGUUCAAAAGUUGCAAAAGCAGAUACUCAAGGAGAGAGGGCGUCUGAGGAGAGAAGGGCAAAAGAGGAGCCCUCCACCUCUGUGGCUCUGGCCUGCACAGAGUCUGGACAGUCUAAGAGAAAUUUAGUGGAGGUUAUGGAAGUAGAGAAUAUUGUUAAUGCAUCAGUUUUGGAUUUAGACUCCAGAAACAAGGCAGAACAUCAUCUGAAAUCAGCAACAAAGGAAGCAUUGUUUGUUUCAAGGGAUAAAAAUGUUUGUGCUGUGCCUCCACAGAAAGAACAGCUCACUGCUUCAGUAUCUCUUGCUGCUCAUACACCUACAAAGUAUACAGCGUCAGGAACCGAAGGUAAACUAGAUGCCAAGCAUGAAAAGGAAGAUGAACGCAAAGAUACAGAAGAAAAUUUGGAAAUGCGGAACCAAAAUCCUCACAUGACAUCAACACAACUACAGACGAGUGCUGUACCAGCUCCAGCAGCCCAAAUCACAGAGCUCAUUACCAACACAGAUAAUGUUACAGUCAUGGAUGUUGAUGGGAAGUCAAAUACUUCCACUGAUGGAACUUUAUUGAACAGAGACCUUGUGUCAGUGGACACACCGCAUGAAAGCAGGAUUGCUUUGCCUCAGCGUGCGUGUGAACAGACUGGAGAUCAGCUGUCUGAGAAGGAAACAACCCCCUGCCAAAAGAAUGCGUCUGUGCCUCGGCCAGUGCUGCUGAGCGAGGUUACACAGGCCCAUACAAAGAUGAACAGGAAUGAUGCACCUGUCAACCUUGAGCUACCACCCGACCCGUGUUCGAUGGACGCACAACCACCACAAAAGACUCCAUCAGAAAGAAAGACCACAACAGAUGACAUCCAGACCCCUUCUGUGCACCAUGGUCUUGAAGUAGCCAUUGAAAAAAUGACACAGGACACAUGGGAUCAUUCCAGGGGAUCAAAUGAAAGUCGUACGGCCCUUUUUACAGACCUACAGAAGUCACCCCUCGAAAGCCCUGGUGGUGGUGAGAGCACCCGAGGGUGUAAUGUUUCACCCACCAACCAGCAAAGCCAAGUUGAUACACCUAUAAAAUCUGUUGAAGGGACAAAAAUACAAGUUGAUGAGAAGUUAGAGAGCAAUGAAGUAGGUAAGUUAUUAGUGCAGACUGAGAGUGUGGUGCCAAAUGAAAAGAUAGUUGAGAUGGAAACUGAAACUGCUGCUGUACACAAAAUUGAACAAACUGAAAUAGAAAAGACCAGAGGUAAAGCAGAUAAAGACACUGAUGUUAUCAUUGUGGAUGCAUCUAAUAAGGAAAGAGACAAGAAUGAACCCAUAUCAAAAAUGGAGGAGAAAAACAGUUCAGAAUUACAUCAUGUGAAGCCAGCUAAAUUUGAGACUGCUAUGCCACAACUAAAAAAACCUCCUGAAAAUAUAAACUUAUCCAAGCAUCAAAUUAAUGGCUUUCAAGAAAUUCAAAAACCUGUGACACGAAUCAUAUCCGUUGCUGAACUUUUGAGAUCUCAAAUACAGGCUCUUGAUGUCACAGUAGCAAAUUCAAUACCCAGCAUACUGGUCCCCGCUGAGAAUGUAAAAAAUCCCACUACAACAGCUACAGACACAUGUCAGGAAUUAAGAGAUGAGCAGAGCAAACGUAAACCGGAAGUGAAGAAAUCAGUGCCUGACAGGAAAACUGAAACAAGUAUUGAUGAUCCUCCUCCCAAAAACAUAAAGGAAACCCUCAUGGAAAUUUACCACCAACUAAAUCAUCCCGAUCAGGAAAAAAUUCAGACUCAAGGUGAAAUUUCACCACCCGUUCAGGCCCUGCAAAAGCCUCAUAUGAUCCCUCCUAUCUCCAUCGUAGACACUGGCACCACUAUAGACACCACAGGACAUCAUGCUAGUGCCAAAAAAUAUAAUGAGGGUAUCAUGGACAUUGGCCAGGAAACUGGAGCAUCAACUCUGAAAGACUGCCCUGUUGUUUCCCUCUCUGAGAGUGUCAGAAACAGUUUUACUCCUAUGACGUCAAAAGAGGAACUGACCCAAAGACUUACAUCAAGUUCAAAUCUGUCUGGAAGAGUCAGUCAAGAACCCGGGACACCAAUAAAGGCCAGCAGUCAAGGGCAAGCCACAGAUGAAUCUGUUCAAGGCAAAGACAUGGGAUUUGUACAAAAGUUAACUCCACAAAUUAAACUCAACAGCAAAACACAGUGUAGGAAUAAUGAAAUAAAUUCCACAACAUUUUCAGAUCAAUGCAAAAUAGAAGAACACAACAUUAACAGUUGUUUACAGAGUGUGCAAAAGAUUCCCACUAAAAGUGUACUUGCCACAGACACACAAGAAAAUAAUCAGCAAAGUCAGCAGAGUACUAUGGUUGAGGAAUUUUCAAAGACUGAUUCCUUAACUAAUCCAAAUCCUGAGGCUAGUCCAUUGUUAAAGAGAAGAAAUUGUGUUUCUCCCAUCCCUUCUGCUACUCCACAAGAGCUGGCCUCUGGGGCCCGCCGCAAAAUCCUGAUACCCAAGGCCAAACCUGAGGAGGCCACAGAGGCCACAUCACUGAUUGAUAACCAAACUCAGAAAAAGGAGGUGUCUACACAGAGCAGCAAGCUUUCCUCAAGUCCCGUGAUGCUUUCUACGUCUCCAAGCCUGUCACGACGGUCACCUCUACUUCAACCCUCUGGAGAGCGAACCUCUCCAGUAGAAAAGCGUUCUCCGCUCCUCACCAGGAGGAAGAUGACAGCUGAGACUCAAGCACCAAGCCAGCAGCCCAUUGAGGAGAUCCACACCCUGAAAACUGAGAGAAAACCUGCAGAGAAGGACAAGCAUGACCCAUUCAAAGCUCCUCAAGUUAUCCGUAAGAUCAGGGGUGAAACCUUUGCAGAUGCCUCAGGACACUUGAAACUGUGGUGCCAGUUCUUCAAUAUUCUCAGUGACUCUACAAUCAAAUGGUACAGAAAUGAAGUGGAGAUUGUGCAGAUUAAAAGAAAUGCAGGGGAUGAAACUCAGGUCAAUCUUGCUAUUGUUCAAGCAUCAAGCAAAGACUCUGGUGUUUACGGAUGCACAAUCACAAAUGAAUAUGGGACAGACUCAACUGAUUAUCUACUUAGUGCAGAUGUCUUGGCUGGAUUAUCCCUACGUGAGGACCUUGGUGUUGGAGAAGAAAUUGAAAUGACACCUUUGGUAUUCAACAAGGGCGUUGCCGAUUCUGGUGUCUGGGGCAACAAAUUCUUUGGCCGUAUAAUGAUGCAGGAGUCUCGUAUUGGUGAUGGCUGUGCUCACAAAGUCUGGAGGGCAAAAGUCAUCUAUGGCCUGGAGCCUGUUUUUGAGUCUGGAAACACAUGUAUCAUUAAAGUAUGCAACCCUAUCGCCUAUGGAGGCAAAGAGGAAAGCAGCCUCAUAGACAGGAACCUGGACUUUGUCAGGCAGGAGUGUAAAAUUCAGAACUUGGCUCGUGAAUACUGCAAAAUCUUCUCUGCAGAGGCAAGAGUGAUUGAAAACUUUGGGCCUUCUCUGGAGGUAAUUCCGGUCUACUUGAUGUACCGACCAGCAAACACAAUCCCCUAUGCCACAGUGGAGGCUGAUCUGAUGGGAGUAUAUCAGAAAUACUCUGUCCUGGAUCACACAGGCAGAAUAGAAAUGAGGACUGCAUCUGAGGUGGAGCAGAAGUGCUGUGCUCUGCAGCACUGGAUCUUUCAGUGGACCAAUGGAAAUCUGCUACUCAGUCAGCUAGAAGGUGUUGACACAAAGAUCACCAAUGUUGGAAUUACAGUCAAAUCUACGGGGCAUCAAGGUCUCUCUAUUGAAGGGAACCCCAAAGUUUUUGAACAGUUUAUCUCCCAGCACCAGUGUAACUAUUUCUGUGGUCUGCUCAGCCUGAGGUCACUAAAGGUCUUGGACUCUUUAAUGACGCCAACAAAGCCCAAGGGCUCCAGGAGCCCCUUACUUCAACGCAAGAUGGCCACUGGCUCCUCCAGCCCCCAGACAGGCAGGAAAGCUGCUGGCAGCCCCAGACUGCCCAGGAAAUCUGAGCAAGAAGGCAGCAAGACCGCUACUAAACAAAAAGCUGCUGAUGCUCCCAAAGUUGUUAAAAUGGCAUAGAGUAAUUAUCACCAAAUGAGACAUUUAAGAUCACAGAUUUUCUCAGUGGAGCAGUGUGCUGAUGAUACGCCAGUGAUUGUCUCCAUAAUGAAGUCCUGAACCAGUAAUUGUUCACUGUUGGGUAUGUAUCAACAAAACAGCCCAGGGGGAGCUGAAAGAAAGACAGAUGGCUGAUGACCUCUGUUUUUAAGAGAGGUACAAAACCCUUCAGAGACCGUGAGACAGAAAAAUAAGUAAUAUGACUUCAAUAUUUAAUUUUAACAGCCACCAUUCCUCUCCAUGAUCACUUAUUGUGGAUUGAUGCCAUCAUUUGUUGUGGAUUGUCUGUCAUAGUCAACAAAUCUUAGGGCAACAACUGUUGUGUAAUAUGAAAAAAUAGUGUACCUGGGUUUGUAUUCUAUCAAUCCAUGCACCUUUGUAGGUCACUGAUUGUGGAUCCCAGUCUCAGGUCAGUGCAUUUGUACAUCAAUGUCAGAGAUAAAACAUUUUGGACUGAAGUGGCAUUAUAUACAGUAUGUGUUAUUCUCAGUGUAAGAGCACAAACAAUUAUCUUUUGUAGUCACCCUUGUAAGAAUAUAUAGGGGUUACUGUAUGGCAAUUCAAGUAAAACCAUAACACUUGAUAAACAGUAACCCUCAUGUUUAUACAGCACAGUUUUUUUUAGGGAGAAGUAUAUUGAUACCAGAGUAAGUCUCUUUUUCCUGAUCGUCUCAGGAAUGUAUCAAGCCAAAUGUAGCUUCACGUGACACUGUUGUACAGUGGCUAAUGGUGCUGUGCUUUUAUAUUUUAACCUGUCAUGUUUACCUGUCAUGCUACAUUGCGCUGCAUUUUUAGAAACUGCACCUUUGAAUGCAACUGGCUGUAAAAUAAAAAGAUACUAUUAUGCCUUGUAUGUUUGAAGAUGCUGUGAAAGUGCAUGACGUGCUUUUUAGAUUCUGAGUGCCAUUCUUAAUAGAAAUUAGCAUAUUAUAGAGCAGGCUGAAUCACUGUAAUGAAAGCUAUCCCACUUAGUGUAUCUGACAUCAGCAUUCAUUCAUUAUCAUAUCGUCUGGAAAGAUAAGUAACCCUGUGUUAUCUCAGUGGCUCCUAUUAUCUGAGAGGACUCAGAGGUCACAUUUCUCUCUGUCAUCAUGCUUACAUGUGCCCAUUAUUUACAGCAUGGCAGUUGCUAUGAAAAGGGAUGCCAUAUUUUAGUAAAACAACACUAUACUUUUAACUUAAUCUUUUCCCGCUACAUCAGAAUUUUACAAAAGCUUUACUGCUGAUCUGCUUUGCUGUAGUAUCCCCAUACACUAUCUGUAAAGUAAUAUCUAAAUGAAGCCUAAAUGCACAACAUAUCUUGGAAUGAGGAAUUAAAAUUAAAAUUUAAAAUUUAAAAAAUGUCAGGCCUUGGGACUUGUUAGCAUAGCAAAAGACAAAAAUACAUUAAUUGAACACACAAAAAUGUACUAAUAUGUCAAAGAGGAGAGAAAAGAUGAGAAAAACGUUUGAUAUUUCCUGUAAUUUGGAGUCAGAAUCAGGCAUACAUUUGAAAUGAAUGCACUAAGGAUUCUUCAGUGUUAUGAAUGUCUAACUUGAGAAAAUACAUACAAGGCCAGUGUAAAAAAGAAAAAAAAACCUUUUGUUGAGCCAUUCAGGGGCAAAGCAGAUUCCUUCACAAAUAUCUGAGAAUGAAGUGUUGCUCGUAACCAGUGUGUUUACAGGGUGAAAGGCUAACUUCAUCAUGAUAAUCAUUUGUGAUUCCCAGUCAUUAGUGAGUCAUCCUUUAUGUAAGCAGUGGCCUCAUGCACAAGUGUGAACAGUGCUGGAAAGCUAAAUGUAAGCUUGGCAAAAAAAAAAGUUCACUUAGUGUCACUUCUGAUGUUGUCCAGCAGCACGAGAGGGUCAGAGGCUGUCAACAGAAGAAAGAGAUGACAGAUGUUGACUUUGACACAUCUAUAGUGUUGAUAGCAGGAUGAAAAUAGAUGGGUUGCCUGCACAAGGAGAACCCUUUUCAUUGAAGUUUUGACCUUAUAGUUUCCCACUGAGUGCAGCUCUAGAGUGACCUGAGUAAAACACCUGCAUUACAUCAUAACCUUACUUGUUAGCUUAACAUCUGACCCAUGUCUCUCAUUUAAUCAUCCACUAAUGAUUUCUACAUUAAUUCUGUUUUGCCGUGUGUCCAUCUGGGCUAUCAUCCUGUUCAUUAGACGUUGGUGUAUGUGGAGGAAAGGGAUGGGAUGUAGUGUGACUUAGGUGUGAAAAAAAACAAGUAGAAGAUUAGGCCUAUCAUGAAACAAGGCACUCCUGCCACCUACUGUUAGUUCAAUCACCGUACCAUUGAUGAAAAGUAAGACAAGUAAAAAGAAAUGCUCCCUUGCACUAACAAAUGAUGUCUGUCUUUAUUUGACCAAACUUCUUACAUUAUAAAGUACUGAUAAAUACUGCUAUUGUAGUAUUUCUUAUCAUCACAAAAUAAGUACAAGAUUAAAACUAUCGAUCACAUAUGUAAAGGGUUAUCCACAAUACUGUCACUGAGUGACAGAAAUGAAUAAAACGGAUAAACAGUAUCUUGCCCACUGACUCAAAUCAUCCUUAACCUCACCGUGUGAAUUAUGUGAAAUCACUUCACGUUGUCAGUGACAAUGUCUAUUUGAAAAACCACAUUUGUCUGAGAGGAAUAACGUCAGACAGUGAGAUAUACUUUAAUCUGAACGAGCUUCCUGCAAGACAUUACAGACAAAAUUAUAAGUGAAGUGGGGAAAUUAAAGAGAAAAGAUGCAUUGGCACAGCUCUUCAUACUGCACGAGUAGCUCUGACGGAAUGCACUGGAUCAGUAAUUUCAGCAUUAAUACCUAUGAUGAGACACAGCAAAUGAGUGACUUGUUAGUCCCCAACUGUAGAACUUUUGAAUUUAAGCCUAAGUAAUUGCCAUUUCAUUUAAUAAGACAUAAUGUUGAAUUCAUGUGAAGAUCUAGCACUCUGAGCGGGGGUUCUUAGCACAUUUAAACACAUUUACAGUAUUCAGUCUCACAUUCAGCCUUAUUAUGUGGCAACGUGUAAAACUAUGCUCCACACAAAAGAUCUUAUUUGCAUUUCAUUUAGAUAGUUUUGACAGAUAACAGCAGCAAUAGCAACAGAUUGGAGACAAUGGUCUACAAAAGCUGUAUAAGCUUCUGCCACACAAUAUUUUUACAUUCAGCCAGACAUUAUUUGUACAAUAUCAGAGGUGCAGUAAGGAUGUACAGUGAGUCAGAUCUCAAUAAAUCAAAUGGAAAAGGGGAGAAUACAGAAACAGAGGCUUGCAAGUGUGGUAUCUAAGAGCCUGUGAUUCUGACCUCACAUCGUUGUGUCUGACUGACCUCAAUUACCAUUGGCGCGCCACGGUAGUUGUGACCAUUUAGGCAGAUUAUAUGAAAAGGAUCACACGUCCCUAAAUGCCACAGACUAGUUGGCAUUUGAAAAAAGUUUUAUCUCCAGUCCACCAAAAGUCGCAGGCUGCCACUGGUCUCUGUGCCGUCGCUAAGUUGACUGUCAGUGCUGAGUUAAUCUACCAUAUCACAGCAAGCUUUUGCUGACUAUGAAAUAAUGACAUUCUGAUGCAUAUCUCACAUUAUUUCCUCUCAUGGGAGAACUU